AUGACUCAAACUGUCUUAUUUACCGCUCCUACUGAGUACCGCCAUGAGUCGGUUCCAUUCGACCCGGCCGUAGACACUGAGAAUUCACCCCCAGUCGUCGACAGCAUCCGGGCCACAGACAGUACGCUGAAAGUGUACACCCGGUCAUCCCCCAACUACGAGGCUCUCCGCGGGCUAUACAACAAACUCAUCACGGACCAGCCACUCGCCAUCUGCCGACCCAAAACCAUCGAACAGGUCCAGAUAAUUGUGCGCGCCGCCCGAUCCGCCAAUCCACCCGUACCCCUGGGCAUCCGAUGCGGCGGUCACGACGUCUACGGACGAGGCUGCACCCCAGACAGCGUCAGCAUCGACAUGCGCGAGCUGGACCACCAAACCUUGUCUACCGAUCGCCAGUCCAUCCGACUCGGUGGCGGCGUGACCUCGCGGAACCUCGUCGGCUUCUUGGACACUCACGGGCUCUGCACGGCCAACGGGACGGCGGGAAACGUUGGAUGGACGGGAUGGGCCGUGUGGGGCGGGUACGGCCCCUUCAACGACUAUGUGGGGCUGGGAGUAGAUAACAUACUUGCUGCGACGUUGGUGCUCGCUGAUGGAUCGGUUGUCGAGGCAGAUCCCGGAUCGGAGCUCCUGUGGGGCGUGAGGGGUGCCGGGGGCAGUUUCGGGGUAAUUGUCGAUGUGACUGUUCGUGUAUAUCCCAUGCCCGUUAUCCUAGCAGGCUUUAUCGCGUACCAGUGGGAGGAGAGCGAUAAGGUGCUCUCGGGUCUACAGGAUAUGCUGGAUCAGGGCAUUCCCGAUGCAAUGUGUCUGCAGAUGGGCUUUAUGAAGACCAAAUGGGGGGUGGGUAUGAGUCUAAUCUUUGCAUGGCCCGAUUCGGAGUCCCUCGAGGAGGGGCGGACAUGGCUCGAGGCCGUGAGGAAGCUAGGCGCUAUCCAGGUGGAUACUGUUGCAGAAACCACCUUUAAGGCCUUCCAAGGUAUCACAACCCGAGUGGUUGACGAGCCAGUCAACGUGAGCACCCGAAGCUCUUCCAUUCCGCGAUUCACGCCCGAGACUAUAGCGCUGUUGCAAAAGUACUCCGAGGCGAUCCCCGAUGGUCGCCAGUACAACGUGAUCGCACACAUUGGACACGGUAAAAGCACACAACCGAACCCGGAUUCUUCUUUUGCCACGCGCGAACCCCAUGUCCUGUUUCACAUCAACGCCUGCGACGAGCUAGACCGCAUGGGCGAGGCAAAAGCCUGGGUCGAUGGGCUAAUGAGGGAACUGAAUGCUACGGGCCAAGCGCUGAAGCCCGUAUACGUAAGUUUUAUGGGCAAGGAUGAAGAUCCCCGCGACAGCUUUGGUCCGAAUUGGGACCGGUUGCAAACUCUGAAAAAGUCAGUGGACCCUGAGAAUGUCUUUCGUUUCCCGUAG